ACUGAGAGGGGCGACCCAUCCGUUCACAAGAAGAGGGAAAAAAAAAGGAAGAGGAGAAAAAAAAAUUCGUGGAGAUGAGGAGCCCGAGGAGCCGUGCGCUGGAGCGCGACGCCGCCGCCGUCGAGCACGUCGAGCUCAUCCCCGGGAUGCCCGACGACGUCGCCGUGGACUGCCUGGCGCGCGUGCCGCACGGGUCGUACAGGGCGAUGCGGCGGGUGUGCCGCGGGUGGAGGAGCGCGGCCUCGGCGCCGGCGUUCGCGGUGGCGCGCGCCGAGGCGGGCGCCAACGAGGACCUGGUGUACCUGCUGCAGUUCGCGAACCCGGCGGCGGGGGCGGGGGGCGAGGGGCCGAAGGAGGACGGGGACGCGCCGGCGAACUCGCCGGCGUACGGGGUGGCGGUGUACAACGUGACGACGGGGGAGUGGAGGCGGGAGAAGGCGCCGCCGGUGCCGAUGUUCGCGCAGUGCGCGGCGGUGGGGACGCGGCUGGCGGUGCUGGGAGGGUGGGACCCCGAGACGUUCGAGCCGGUGGCGGAUGUCCACGUGCUCGACGCCGCCACCGGCGUGUGGCGGCGCGCGCCGCCGAUGCGGUCGGCGCGGUCCUUCUUCGCGUGCGCGGAGGCCGGGGGCAAGAUCUACGUGGCGGGCGGGCACGACAAGCACAAGAACGCGCUGAAGACGGCGGAGGCGUACGACGCCGUGGCGGACGCGUGGGACCCGCUCCCGGACAUGUCGGAGGAGCGGGACGAAUGCGACGGCAUGGCGACCAUCGCCGGCGAUCGGUUCCUGGCGGUCAGCGGGUACCGCACGGCGCGGCAGGGCGGGUUCGAGCGCGACGCCGAGUGGUUCGACCCGGCGUCGCGCGAGUGGCGCCGCCUGGACCGCGUCCGCGCGCCCCCCUCCGCCGCCCACGUCGUCGUCCGCGGCCGCGUCUGGUGCAUCGAGGGCGCCGCCGUGAUGGAGUGGCUCGGCGACCGCCGCGGCUGGCGCGAGGUCGGCCCCUCCCCUCCCGGCCUCAAGGCCGGCACCGCCCGCGCCGUCUGCGUCGCCGGCGGCGAGCGCGUCGUCGUGACCGGCGCCGUCGAGGACGCCGACGGCGGCUCCGGCCGCCACGCCCUCUGGGUGUUCGACGUCAAGACCAAGAACUGGACCGUCGUGCGCCCGCCUCCCGAGUUCGCCGGCUUCGCCUUCUCCGUCGCCGCCGUCCGCGUCUGAAGACCCGAGACACUCCCCCACCUGCUCCGCCAUUGACAGAUCCUCUCCGCCUCCGGAGAUCUACUACACAACCAGUACUACUCUACU